CUCAUCGUGCCGCACGCUGCUGCCGCAUUCCAAAUUUAAAUACGCGCGGGAAAACAUGUUCAGGACUUGAGUGGUUCGUUUAUCCCAUUCGGACAGUAUUUAAAAAAAAGUUGUGAUUUUUUUUAUGCAUUUACAUCGAUGUGGAUUUUUUUGUAGCCACUGGGCGCGCCAAGAUGUGGCGUGCAACAGUCUUGAUACUUUUCGCUGCGGGCGUGCACUCUCGCCCAAACAAGGUCAAAGACGUGACCACGUCUUGUGACAAGGGCUCCAUCAGCAUACACCUUGAAAUGGAGCAGCCUUUCAAAGGACUGGUCUUCAGCAAGGAUUUCUCAAGAGAAUGUCGGGUUCAAGGUCAGAUGCAGUCAAAGAUAUCUCUUCACUUGCCGACAAAUGCAUGCGGGGUGCGGACGUCACCACUCAACACCACGGUGGACGAGCCAGGAGAUCACGAAGACUUGUACUACACUGUGGAGCUGGUCGUCCAAAUGGACAGGCAGUUGCAACAGUCCUCAGACCAGGAUUUGAUAGUGAGGUGUAAAUUGCAGCCGCGUGCGGUGCGCAUAAUCAGCUCGGCGCUGGAGGGCGUCAUUAAAACUAAACUACGAGAAAUGACCGGACACGGACACGACAAGCGGAUGAGAACUGGUCGUAACCGCCAAGGUUGGGAUAACCCUGUCGAGAUGGAACAAAGGCAGUUCUUGCUGGAGUCGGCUCGAGCUUGGAUGGACUUGGCUCCCACAGUUGCUGGCACUGAACCGGCUACAGUGGAGGUUGGACAGCCGACCAGACUGCUCAUACAAUGCACUUUGCCUGUUGGAGUUGGUCUCCGCGUAACGAACUGUGUGGCACACGACGGUUUAGGCGAAGCAUCGCAAAAACUCCUCGACGAAGCCGGCUGUCCAAUCGACGAAACCAUUUUCAACAAACCAUCCGUGCAUCGGCACAAGCAACGAGAAAUUGACUUCGCCGAGAACCCGACUGAUUUUAACCAUGAAGAGGAAACCUUGAAAAUGUCAAAAGACCCCGAAUAUAUUUUCAAGAAUAUGAUGACAUACCAGCAUGCCGUAACCAUAUUUGCAGCAUUUAAGUUCCCCGAUAGAGCAAAACUGCACUUAUCCUGUGGCAUAGAGUUGUGCAGAGGUGCAUGCCCUCAAGUCGAUUGCAGAGCCUUGCAGAAGCCUCAGCAGACUAAGGAUGGGUUGGUGAGGAAGGCUCGAUUGGACAAGGAGGCGAAAGGACUGGUUAUAGAUAGACUGGAGGUGUAUAAUAGCAUAGAAGUGCUUGCACCUAAUAUCGAGUUAGAAGAUGAAGCUUCAAUAAGAGGUUCGAGAAGAAUAGAAAAAGAGGAAGAGCUCGUGCGUGGUUUCUCCCCUGGGGACAAGACGAUUUGCCUAUCACCAGGGAAAAUGGCACUAGCGUUCUGUGUAUUAGGAGUCAUUUUCCUUUGCGCGAUUGCUGUAGCUUUUGCGUCAUUAGUGCGAGCGAGACGAAGGACAACUCGAGAACCAGUGCAUACAUCUCUCUCUUUCUACACUGGGAGUAAGAGUAUGUUCUCUUCUAGCGGUAGUAGUAGUUCAGGGUUGAGUGGAAGUAAACUACUACUGACUGAUAGUCCCUACAUGGAUCACCAUUCGUCUUCUAGCAAUAACUGGCCCUACACUAGGGCAUUCUGAUAUUAAUAAUGAUACAAUUUUUUUGCACAAAAAUGACUGAUAUUAAAGUAUUUUGUAUAAGCGGAUGCCCGCGCCUACACGUGGGUUUAGGAAGGUACCUAUCUACAUAUUUAAAACUCCCUGGAAACUCUUUGAUUUUGCGGGAUGAAAAGUAGUAAGUUAAUUCGUUGCUCCGUGAUUAAAACUAGCCAACAGACAACCACAUAGCAUUCAUAAUUAUGGAUAUCGUAAAAAAACUUCUGUUAUCUCGAAGGACCGUUUAAACGUUUGUCGUUUAUUAUAUUAUAUUUUAUUUGAAUUAAUGGCAUUAU